AUGUCCAAAGCGAAAAAAAAACCCGAUAUCGAAUUCGCACUAAAGCGCAUAUUCAAGAAACAAGCAUUCCGAUCAGUUCAACGUGAAGUUAUAGAGUCUGCACUGGCAGGUCACGACGUAUAUCUGCAAGCAGCAACGGGUCUUGGAAAGUCGUUGUGCUUUCAACUGCCGGCAGUGGUGGUUGAUCAUGGUUUAACCAUUGUCGUUUCGCCGCUUCUCAGUAUCAUGGCAAACCAAGUGGAUGCUUUAAGAACGGCCGGCAUCAAAUCAGCCACCUUGAACAGCAGUGUAUCCGCCGAGGAAAGACAAACGAUUCUUGCAGAUCUUGAGUGCGGACAUCCAAAAAACCGCCUUUUAUAUGUUACUCCAGAGCUUUGUGCUACCCAGAGCUUCCGCCAUAAACUUGCACUGGUAUACCGACAACGCGAGCUAAAUCGCAUUGUGAUAGAUGAAGCCCAUUGUAUCUCAGAAUGGGGUCACGAUUUUCGACCCUCAUUCAAGCAACUAUCUUUCUUCAAGUCGGAAUAUCCCUCGGUACCAGUAAUGGCAGUAACUGCUACUGCCACCGAAAAAGUAAGAUUUGAUAUUCUUAAAAUACUCAAUCUUCCCUCACCAGCUACAAAAAUAUUUCUCCUCUCUACAUCACGCAACAAUCUUCACUACGAGAUCCGAUAUACGAACGAUUCUUUCGAUACGUUCAAAGAUAUGGUAGCCUGGCUGAGAGAGGUUUAUAUAAGACGAGAACUACACCAAGAUAAAUAUCAACGUGCUUCAGCGGUAUGUGGGAUUAUUUAUUGCCGAGCAAGACAGAAAUGUGAAGAUCUUGCAAAGGCACUACGAGAUAAUGGCAUUGGCGCUAGACCUUAUCACGCAGGGCUUGCGAAAAAAGAAAAAGAAGACACCACUACCAGUUGGUUGCUUGACAAGCCUGGUUACGAUAUCAUCGUUGCAACAACGGCUUUCGGAAUGGGCAUUGAUAAGCCAAACGUUCGGUUCAUUGUGCACUGGCAAAUAGGAAAGUCAUUCGAAAGCUAUUACCAGGAAGCUGGACGAGCGGGAAGAGACGGUAAAGCCGCGAGGUGUAUCCUUUAUUAUAGUAGGGAGGACCGAGACCGAACGCAAUAUCUUGUAAGCUUGGAAGAAAAUAAAAGAAUGCCGAGUGGAAAGGGCCUCGGAAGGGCCACAAGCUUUGACGCUUUGGUCAACUACUGCGAAGACAUCUCUACUUGCCGCCACCUAGCCAUAUCUAAAUAUUUUGGUGAAGUGAAGGCACCGCCAUGCGAUUUUGCCUGCGAUCAUUGUAAAGACGUAGAUGCGCUAAGGCGAGCCAACCUAAGAAUGCUUUCAGACGAAGAGCGGAUAUCGACACAACGAGAAGCUGGGCCAUUUUAUUAUGCUGGCUACGACGAAUGA